CUUGAGAUUCACUGACAGUCCUGGCCAAGCAGGCCCUUGACGAAUGACAGGCGUCGCUAGGUGCCUCUCCCAUUCAGGACUCCUCCCAGGCUGCAUGUGAAUCAGCUAAACCAGAAUUGCAGGUUUGAGAGAGCUGCAAACAUUGUGAGAGAGGAGGAGGGAAAGGCUGGGACUGGGAGACACCACCGCAGCAGCCCUGCAUGGGGAUAUACCCAGCAAGUCCCCAUGGAGAACCCGGAGGAAGCCGAGGUGGAUAUUGACACGCUCAUUGAUGAGAUGGACUAUAUUCCUGGUCACUUCCACCUGGAGAUGAACAUGAACUUCGAGCCCUGCUCCCCUGUGAAUUUCAGAGGGAGGGACAUGAAGCUUAAGCGAGAGAGCCUGAUGUAUGAGCUAGAGCUUGAGUCUGGCUCCCAGCAAUUCGCCAUCAGGAACCUGCUCGGGGUCUUCUCCUUCCACCUGGAGGAGUUGGAGCAAGCCAAGGAGAUCUUCCUGAGCAUCUCCCAGGAGGACCCCGACAACCUCAAUACCUGGGCCAACCUGGCCUACGUCUACGACAGGCUGGACAGCGAGCAGGAAGAGGCUGACUGCACCAAGAAACUAGCCCACUUAAUGGGCCUGGGCUCAGAAGACGAGUCUCAAGGGGAUCCCAGGCUCCGAGCAGCCCGCUGUCUGGCAGAGCAGGGCUACGCUUACGUCUUUGACAUUGGGCUUGUGGAUGAAGAAGACCGAAUGGAGAAACUGACUGCCGGACUCAUGCUGUAUGACAAGGCUCUUGCUUAUGGGCAGCAGAUCCCCCUGGAGGAGAAAAGAAGCUGGUACUUCACUAUGGCCACGCUGUACAUCAGAUUAGAUGGGAUCCUGAUGAACAAGGGAAAUGAUGAGCAAAAGCGGCUGCCCUCCUUUAACAGAACGCUGGCUCUGCUUCGACAAGUGACCAAGUCCUCAAAUUCUCACUACAGAGCUCUGGCCUGGUGCUACCUCGGGAUGCUGCUGGAAAGGAAAGAGACGUUUUCCACCACCCCGAUGGGGAUCCAUGACUGUGGUUACUCUGGGACUGGGCCCCUUGAUUGCUUUGGCAAGGCAAUAGAAAUAGCUAAAGACAAUCCUCCCACACUAAACCGACUGGCAAAAAUUUUCCACUUCCUGGGCAAGCAAGAUAUGGCUAUGGGAAUCUGCAAUAUGGCGCUAGAUCUCCUACAAGAUCCGGAGCUCAACUGGCAGGCCUACUGCACGCGGGCCAAGAUCCACAUUAAGCUCUAUCUGCGAGAUCUGGAACGUGCAAAGAUGGGUUUGGGAGGCAUGCCAGACAGGAAAAAUCUCACCAGUGCUAAAGAGGACCUUGAAAGCGUUGUAAAGGUUUGUCCGUGCUUGAAGACAUACCUGGACAUAGGCCAGGUCUACUAUUACAUGGGUGUUGAUGCCAUGCAGGAACUAUUCCCAGUGGACGAGACUGCACUGGACAAUGCUUUGGAGUUCUUUGCGAAAGCCAUGGAGUUUGACCUGGGAGAUACACUACCGGAAAUACAGCUGCUUAGGGGGAAAUGCCUGCGGCUUAAAAAUGAGGAGUCCAAUGCCAUUGGGUGCUUCAAGCGAGCCAUAGAACUGGACGAUGUGGGCUCCACCUACACAGAGAGUUUCCGGUGCCUGAUGGAGACACUCCUUAUACUGUUCAGUCAGAAGAGGGUGAAUGCCGAGAUGCUGACGCAGGAGGUGGAAUUGUGGGUAAAGAAGGCUGAGGAGAAAUACUCAAAGCAGCGUGUCCGCCAGGAGCUGAGACUGGUGUGUCGCAAUCACACAACAGAGGUGAUUGAGCUCUCCAAAGCCAUGGUCACCAGAGGGAAUACCGAGCUGGUGAAGAUGCUAUUUGAGACAAUAAAGACUGACUUUUCCAAGCCCAAACUAAAUGAGCGAUCACUCUCCUUCUGAACAACCGACGUUGGAAUCACAUCAUGCAGCAUAAUUGCCUCCUGGCUGAUACUGUCUGAACACUCCUAGCUCUCUCAGAUCUCAUCAAACAGGCAGUAGACAAUAAGCUAACCAUUUAACUCUUAUCCGCAGAUCUCUGAGCAGUGUGCAGAAGUGGCCAAGUAUUACUGUCUCUGUUUCACAAAUGGAGAAACUGAGGUACAGACCAAAUAAUGAAAAGUGAUCUCUAUUAUGGGUGUCUCCAAUUUUUGAGUUCACUCGAAGCUGUGAGUGCUCAACCCCUCUGAAAAUCAGGCUCCAGGUUUCUCAGGGUGGACCUGGUCUGAAAUGUGCUCAAGGCCACACAGCAAGUUACUGGCAAAGCUGGAAGUAGAAUCCAGAUCUCUUGCUUCCCAGACUGCCACCCUAUCCGCGGGACAACUCUGCCUCCAUUACAUUCUGGGGAUGUGAUAUCAGCCACUGUAGAAUAGCCUCUGUGCUGGUGUUGGUCUGCACUCAAUUAUCCUCCUUUUCAUUAAGCGAAUGCAGCUAAUGCAGAGCUCUGAUCCUGCAAACUCAUUGGGAAUUGAGGGUGCUUAGCACCACGUAGGAUCAGGCCACAAUCCUUGGAUUUCAUUUUAAACAAAUGAAUAGCACAUCUGUUAAUAAGGUAAGAAAGAUUUUAGUGCGGGAAGGAAACAUGAUCUGUUGAAUACUAGACAAUCUCAUAUGUUCAGUCUUUUCUACCUUACGCUUUUAUACUGCCUCCCAUCACCAUAGUAUCUGAUCCCCAACUCAGCCCUGCACUGGUUGGGAAUCAAACACAGAUCUCCCAUCCUAUGGUGAUAAGUGCAGUAUAAAGACCUGUAUGAAAUAGACACAUGCACAGUGAGAAUUUUACCACUAAACCACCCAUACUAAUAACUGAACUAAUGAUGGUGGUUGGGGGCUCCUGGGAGCACCUAAAAUUCUUCUGAAUUGGGAUGAAGUUUGAGGUGCUUUCUCUGCCUCUGAGGGAGUCUCUUGAUACUGCUGACUCUGGUCUGGUGCUCAUAAAAAUACUUCUGAGGGGCAAAGAUCUUCCAGUUGGGGUGCAUCAGAUGGCGCAGAAUGCUGGGAAGAGGAUAUUUUCCUAACUCAGGGCAAGGGUUUCAUCUCUUUCUCUUUCUCUCAUGAAUGUCCUCUGUAUAUUUUAGUGGAACAAAUUAUAUACCUUUCCAGCAAA